GAUGCUGCUGCUGUGUGUCGGGCAGCAGCCGCCGCGGUGUGACAGACCAUAGGAAGGAGAUCACCGCCUGCUGCUGCCUCUCCUGCAGCCACACGUGUAGGAGGCGCCGGCACAUGCUCUCAGACUGAUGAAAUCCUUUGUCUGCUCAGCAGAGUACGCACGUCCCGGCGCUGGUACAGCAGCAGCAUCCUCCGCCGCUCUCCGCGCCCGAAUCAGGGACCCGCCCCCUCCCGCCCGGAGCAGGACCCCACCUUUGGAUGUAGUGGCCGGUGUCUAUUAUCGGACUGCCUCAUUCCCUCCAGCACACAGAAAGUGCACCGCUGAACGUUGUUUAAGAAAAAUACACAUUAAAGAAAAGCUACUGUAGCAACUGGAAAACAACCUUUAAAAAUGCCUUUCAAAAAUGGCUUGGAAUUGACCGAAUUACAGAAUAUGAACACGCCGGAGGACGAUAACAUUAGCAAUGAUUCCAAUGAGCUGAUUGAGGCAGACAACAAUCGUAUUAGUAGUAAAUUUAUUGCGGAUCGUGAAAGUAGAAGAAGUCUUACUAACAGUCACCUUGAAAAAAAGAAAUCCUGUGAUGAUUAUAGUCCGGGCAUGACGUCUAUUGGAAUGUCUGUCUUUAACUUGAGCAAUGCUAUUAUGGGAAGCGGGAUUCUGGGCUUGGCUUACGCUUUGGCAAACACAGGAAUCAUUUUAUUUGUGUUACUUUUAAUUUCAGUGACUCUAUUGUCUAUCUACUCUAUAAACCUUCUGCUGAAAUGUUCCCAAGAAACAGGCUGCAUGGUGUAUGAGAAGUUGGGGGAGCAAGUGUUUGGAACUCCAGGACGGCUGUUAGUCUUUGGGUCAACAUCACUUCAGAACACCGGGGCAAUGCUGAGCUAUCUGUUUAUAGUAAAACACGAACUACCCAUUGUCAUCCAAUUCCUGACAGGAAAAGAGUUGCCAUGGUAUCUGGAUGGUUGUUUUCUCCUGGUUUUCGUAACUGUUGGAAUCAUACUGCCAUUGUGUCUUCUCAAGAAUUUAGGAUACCUUGGCUACACCAGUGGCUUCUCUCUGACUUGUAUGUUUUUUUUCCUUGUUGUGGUUGUCUACAAUAAAUUUAAAAUUGCAUGCCCCUAUGAAAGUGUCAAUGGAACUUCAAAUAGCUUGCAGAAUGCAACAGUGGAGGAAAUGUGCACACCAAAGUAUUUUACAUUCAAUUCCAAGACGGCUUAUGCACUGCCAACACUAGCUUUUGCGUUUGUGUGUCACCCAUCAGUCCUUCCCAUAUACAGCGAACUAAGAGAUCGCACACAGAAGAAAAUGCAGCUGGUUUCACAAAUUUCAUUCUUUGCAAUGUUCCUUAUGUACCUUCUGACUGCUGUUUUUGGCUACCUGACAUUUUAUGAUAAAGUGCAAUCUGAGCUUCUCAGCACAUAUGACAAUAAAACCGAUGUUCUUCUCUUGACUGUACGUCUGGCUGUUAUAAUUGCAGUCAUACUCACUGUACCUGUGUUAUUUUUCACUGUUCGUUCUUCAUUGUUUGAACUGGUGCGGAAGACAAAGUAUAACUUUUGGCAACAUUUAAUAGUAACUAUAGUUCUACUGACAGUAAUUGACCUACUUGUUAUUUUUAUACCAACAAUGAAGGAUAUUUUUGGUGCAGUAGGUGCAACAUCUGCCAAUAUGCUGAUCUUCAUUCUUCCAUCGUCUUUAUACCUUAAAAUCACUAAAGGUAAUGAUGCCUUGGCCAAUGAAAGAUUGUUGGCAUUUGCUUUCUUUGCUCUGGGGCUGCUCUUCUCUUUAGUAAGCAUUCCUCUGGUGAUCUAUGACUGGGCUCAGCCAGGAAGCCAAAAAGAAGGAAGCUGAGCCCGGCUGCGCUGUGUCUAUUCACCCACGUUACCACCAACACCAUCACAUUGUUCUAAGGGCACAGACAGGCAAAUUUGGUGGAAAAGAAUUCUUCCUAAAUCACAUUGCCUACCAUUGCCCCAUCUAUGUCAAAUUACUGUUACAUUUACCCAGCUGCCAGGCGGAUCAGAUUUGUUCUCAGAAAAGCCCUAUAAAGUAUCUCACCUGUUGAAUCCCUGGCCCCACCCAUUUUGUCAAUAAUUCCAUCCAUUUAUGCUAAAUGACAUCUUAUUUAUAACCAUGUGUACUUGGAUAAUAGCUCCUUCACUUUGUUUGCUGCUGUAUUUCUACAGUAGUUUAUAUUGGUGACAUCACUCUCCACAGGGGUGAUAAAUCAUUGUAAUAUGUCAAAUGUAAAUCUUGCCCUGAUUCUUUUAAUGCAACAUAUUAACAUCUCAUAUAUGUAUACAUGCAAAUUGUCAAGGCUUCACAUUUAAUUUUCUAGAUUUUGAGUCUCUUAUUUGGGGCAUUUGUUCUGAUGACUGAUGUGACCAAUUGAAAGUGAGCUGUACAGUAUACAAAUACAAUAUAACCAGAGCAAUAGGAGCAUUUACCAGGCAAGGAAAUGAUAAGUUAUGAUAUGGUUAAUACCAAUUGCAACUACAUUUGACUAACAAAGAAUAUAAAGUUUGUAGAGGAUCUCAUCAUUAGAUAGCAGGAACAGACCCAGAUUUGCAAAUAAUCUUCCUUUAUGGACAUCUGUAUUUAAAUAACUUCCAUUCCCAUUCAUCUAACACCUAUCAUGAGUAAUCCCAUUUGCCCUGCCAUUUCCAAAUAAUGGGGCAGAUGUAUUAACCUGGAGAAGGCAUAA